AUGUCUGCCACACAGCUUGAAGACACAGAGAAUGUGUUUGAUCUGAACGAGGCCAUUCCAGAGACAGAGCUUCUGGACAACAGCAUACAGAAGGGACGGGCUCAGCUGCCAGUCAAAACCAGGAGGAACCGCCCAUCACGCUCCCGGUUACGUGACAGCAUCAGCUCCACCGAAGGAGACGAGAGUUUGGAGAGGAGAUCUCUUGACAGCCCUCUGUGUUCUGUUCGUUCUCCGCUCCACUCAGCCCUGCGUGGUUCCUCCCCCUCUCCCGAUUCGCUGCUGUCCUCUUCCUCGCCCACCUUACGGAGCCCCGCCUUCUCCUUCGACACCUCCCUGGUGCGGCGCUCACCCGAGGACACCAGCACGGUAUCCCCUGCUCCUAGAAGUCGCUACCGGCAGCUCACCAAUGCUACGUCUCAAGAAGCGCUAGUGCCCACGCCCUCUAGCUCUCCCUCAAGGUCAUGCCCCAGUUCAGAUAGCUCGCCCAUAUAUCUGCGCCGGACUCGUCGACCUGAGAGCGAGGUGCUGGUUUCAGAUGAUAGUCAGGACAUAAAUUUGACAGAUCCAGGCAGUCCGACAGUUAUCUUUGAUAAGAAGACAAAGAGGAGAUUCCUAGAUCUGGGUGUCACGCUACGUCGCUCCUAUGUGAGAGUGCGGAAGGAAAAAGCCAAUCGGCUAUCUGUGGGAAAUCGAGAUCCAUCUGAGAGUCCGUCACGCUCUUCGGGCUCCUUUGUGCCUUUCACAUGGUUCACUGAUAGUCAUCGUGGCUCCGCCUCCUCCGGUAGCCCCGCCUCCUGCUCGCCCAAGUUAGCCUCUCACAACUGCAGCCCUCGCAAGUCCAACUCCCAGGAAUCGGCACUGAGCGAUGAGUUUUCUCCCAGAAGUCCUCCUGCAUCCAGCAGCUCGACGUCCAACUCACGCUCCUCCCAUCCGUACCAGACCCUGUCCCAAUCCUCAGACGAGCCGUCAGAUGAGCCUCUGUGCCUUGUGUCGUCGUGGAGCACACAGCAGGUUUGUCAGUGGCUGAGAGGCCUGAACAUGGAGCAGUAUGUCCCAGAGUUCACUGCCAAGGACAUCGACGGGGAGCAGCUCCUACAGAUGGAUGGAACCAAACUGAAGGGCCUGGGUGUGAUCAAUUCAUCCGAUCGGAGCGCGCUGAAGCGACGGAUAAAGGACAUCCACGCCGCUGCAGAGAAGGAGCGUAAGGCUCUGGACAAGCUGGAGAGGCAGAAGGAAAAGCAACGAAAGAAAGACCUAGAACAACGCAAGAGCUGA